ACUGUCAAGAGUGUUUUUUUGUUGUUGUCUUUUGCUUUCGGCUGAGACAAUUCUGCACCUUUCCGGUGUAAAAUGACGCUUCUAAGCCGUUCCCUUCAGCUUGUACUAAUUUUUGCGGGAUUUGUUAAUUUAUGCCAUGCUUCACUUCAUUUUCUGCGUGGAAGGCCGCGUGGAGGAAUGCUUCCUGCUCCUGCUGCUGAUGCCAUUCACGUCAAAGAUCUUCCGCAAGAUCAGUGGUUCACACAGAGGCUUGAUCAUUUUGAUGAUUCCAACACCAAAACAUGGCAGCAAAGAUACUUCUAUAAUGACAAAUUUUUCAAAAAGCCAGACGGACCCGUUUUUCUCUCCAUCGGUGGCGAAGGUGAAGCGAAUCCGAUAUGGUUGACAGUUGGUGACAUGAUGAAAAAUGCACAAGUGUUUGGUGCUUUCACUUUCCUCCUAGAGCACCGCUUCUAUGGCAAAAGUCAUCCAACUAGGUAUUUUAAAUUGAGUUAAAUGUCUGUAACUACAGGACAAACUUCGCUUUAUGGACACCCACUCAAUACAGAAGAUACCAAAGGGUUUAUGCGUGACGCUGGAUUUGGCUGAAAUUUAGCGCGUGACGCGUGAAAGUUCCCGGGAUGGGAACGUGUCCCGUGAAACCAGUUAUGCAUGUGAAGCGUGAUUUGUCUUCUAAGAUGUGCAGGACUCGUGAAUUAUUUGUCACAUUUCGUGAAAAUCAGUGGUAAAGGAAAGAUAGAUUGAACAGCGCCGUUGAUUUCAUUCUUUGCGUUACGUUUUUGUCCUGGUUAAUAAUUAUUAUUAACUUAAGACUAGACCCUAAAAACUGCAUGUGACCAGUGAACUUUGGGAUCAAUUCGUCCACUACAGCAAUUCUCCUGUUGCUUUGUUGCCACGCAGGAUACAGUCGCUAGGGUAAAAAGAAAUCGCAUUAGGGGUGUUGUUGAAUUUUAACGCAAGAUGCCUUGAAACAGGAAUUUCCUACAUUCAUGGCUGCUCGUUAACGCCCUUUAAGAUCGCCCUACUGACAUUCUAAUGAGAGGAGAAGUGGGGACACCCCGUUAAUAUGGACACUUACUGUGGCCCCCUCAGUGUUCGUGUUAUUAGGGUUUGACUGUGUACCUUUUAAAGCUGUCACCUGAGAAAAAGAUUGAAGUGUACAUCUUAAUGUUGCUGCAGUACUUUUUUGUGGUCAAGAAAUGGAUUCUGGAGGGUGACUCUUAUAUUGAAGUGAGGGUGGGAUGCUCAUUGUCUUGCUUAGGGGUAGAAAUUGCAGAUUGUAGUCUCACUUAGGGUGACCAGUAAGGAUGGAAAGACAAACAUGUUUUUACCCCAAAAGGUAUCGCUGAGGGUCCUUUCUAUCUAUCUAUUUUGGUGCACCCGCACUGAUUUUAUACGUCUGUCCCAUUCCUGUCUGUUGGCCAUAACAGAUGCAAGAUCCUGUCUGGAAAGACCGCUGUCACAUUGCUUGAAAGUUGCUUGAAAGUUGCUAAUUGGAUCCCAAAACAGGGUUCUGUAGGUAAAGAAAUACAGUUGAACCCUCACAUGCAACCCCCUCUUGUGCGACCACCUAUCCAAAAGACCAAACUUUUCCCUGUCAAAGCCAAGCAAGCGAGUAAGCUUGCAAAGUUUCUUUCCUAGGAAGAAAAUCUACUCCUCCAAGACCAACAGAUGGGACUUUUUUGAACCCUUGAUUUAAACCACCAUGUCAUCCUGUGUUUUGUUUAGUGAUAUGAGUGAUGCAAGCCUCAGGUAUCUUAACAGUGAACAAGCUCUUGCUGACUUGGCAGCCUUCCGUAAUGCCAUGACUAAGAAGUUUAACUUGACAUCUAGCAAGUGGAUUUCCUUUGGCGGAUCCUAUCCUGGGUCUCUUUCUGCUUGGUUUAGACUGAAAUAUCCUCAUUUAGUGAAUGGUUUGUAUCAACUUAUUAGCCCUUUCAUUCCCAAGAGUGUCAAACUUAAAAAUUCAAGAGAAAGCAUCNUUGUUUAGUGAUAUGAGUGAUGCAAGCCUCAGGUAUCUUAACAGUGAACAAGCUCUUGCUGACUUGGCAGCCUUCCGUAAUGCCAUGACUAAGAAGUUUAACUUGACAUCUAGCAAGUGGAUUUCCUUUGGCGGAUCCUAUCCUGGGUCUCUUUCUGCUUGGUUUAGACUGAAAUAUCCUCAUUUAGUGAAUGGUUUGUAUCAACUUAUUAGCCCUUUCAUUCCCAAGAGUGUCAAACUUAAAAAUUCAAGAGAAAGCAUCAGUUCUGCUGUUUUAUUAGGCGGUAAAUAAAAAAAGAACAUUGAAUUCACGGAAAGCCUUGCAAAAGUUCUGCCAUGUUUUCAUGUGAAUGAUCACAUCAUUGCGUUUUGUCCACAGACUCAUGAGGCCCUCAUAGGAUGGGUAUGUUGUAGUUAAUUUUUUUAUCUCAGGUAAUCAAUUCUCAUUUUUCUUUUGUUUUUGGGUAUGGUAAUGUUUGCUAAUGAAGUUGAAACAAAAGAAAAAUAAAAAAUUACCUGAGAUAAAAAAUUACCUACAACAGGUGAGUACCCAUGCUCUUAGUCUGAAUUUCAAAACCUGUCAUUUCAUAAAUCAAAGAGAAAGCAAUGUCCCUGUUGGCAUUAUACUAAUUGUAUUUGUACUUGUCUUCAUUGCUGUUGCAGUUUCAACCCAUCUUUAUGUCCUUUGUCACCAUUUCAUUAUUUGUCUUAUGUCAUCUUUUCAAGGCCAUCUCGCCUGUCAGAAUUUUUCCCCAACAAAGCCUCACCCAGGCAAGGUAACAGUUGGGGGAGGGGAAAUUGUACAUGAUAGGGAGAUAUCCUGGAGGGAAAUUUUGUCUGUAGUCGCAUUCAGUUUUGAUGCUGGUUCUUUCAGGUAACAAUUUUAAUCUUUUACAGGUGCUGUUGCUUCCAGUGCUCCUGUUUUUGCCAAGCUAGACUUCACUAAAUACAUGGAGGUUGUAACAGCAUCCCUUGGUACAACAGGACAAGACUGUGUUAAAAAUGUGGCCAAUGCUACUGAGACACUCAAGUCAUUGCUUUCCUCUGAGCAGGGUGCAAAACAGUUGACAGAACUCUUCUCGUGAGUAUUUCUACACCCCUAUGUUUCAUCUUCAUCAUCACUUCUUGUCGUGCCAGUGGGCGCAUAAAGUCAUCACGCUUUCUGACCAACACUUUCUGUCCUAUGUCGCAGUCUUGUUUCUCUUUCUCUUAAUAGUCCUCUUCCGAGUAGUCUUUGAUCUUUGUCUCACCCUUUGACUUUCUUGUGUCCACCCUAAUGCUGAAAACCAGAUGUCAUUUACACGCUCUCUCCUUAGUAUGUGUACCAACCAGUUCCACCUUUGUCAUACCUUGCAGCUUAUGUCAUUGAUAUCUGCCAUCACAUCCACUCUCUCUCCUCCCUGUUGCACCUCAUUAUCUCUUACAUACACUGCUUCACCACUCUGCAGUGAUACUGAUCCCAUCUCUUUUCACCUGUCCCUACUCAUCCCUAUAGCCCUUCAAUUUCAUAUUCUAUCAUUUUCUUGGCUACUUGUCCUGCCUGUGCUACCUCCACCAUGGCACCCAUGUUCCAGCAACCGAUAGUUGUCUGUCACAAGGGGACUACUAUUGGGCUUAUCAGACUUUAAGCUUCACGCUGGAUUUGUCUGAAGAGCGUCAUUACAGCCCCAACAGUGACACCCCCAGUUAGUGUUGUCUGAUUAUCAAUGCUUCUACUUUCUGCAACAGUUUGUCUUUUUUUAUUAGGCCGGGUUGUUAGCCCUGCACCUAAAUUCCAGCCUGGAGGACCAGGGGGUCACUCUUUGUCUGGUCUCUACCCUUUAAACUUUUCGGCAUGGGUGGCCCUACCAGGAGUACAAGACUCCCGCUGACAUAGCUCUAGGGGUCAUUGAGACAUGUAAACUGCCCCACCAUGUUAAGGUGGUGACCCCAUUUGCAUUUCAUUAAUUUUUUUUGCCAUCUGAUCACCUUUGUCAUACUAACCCCUACACGUUGUUUUAACUCUUACUUUUAUUCACAUGCUAAAUUAACAUACUUAUAAGUUUCUACUUGGCAUGGUUAAGUGCUUUGACCCUGAGGGACACCACGACUGCCAGAGAGACAACACACCCAUUCCACUCUUUAUCCUUACAUGCACCACCACCCUCAGCAAAUACGUUUUAAGUAUGUCGUAAUAGCGGAGCUCCACACGCGCACAAAGCGUGCGUGAGCAGAGCCCCAUACCUAAGAAAAUUUGGUAAUCUAUCCAUCCCAGAAAUUUUGGUAAUCACGUGACCAUACGUCCGUUUGUCUGCUUAUCUGGUGGAUAAACAACCAGGCUAGCUAGGUGUACACAGAGUCAGGGUUUCAAACACUCAGCAGCGCAUCUAUACCCAAACGUUGUCAAGUACCUCCUUCCCCCGCCUUUACCAGCUAAAUUAACCCUACCGCAGUGUAACGAACUUAUGAAUAAAGCAUUAACUAUGAUCGAUGUUCUUAUGACCCCAGCCUUUGUGAACCACUUGAUAAAGACAAUGGUGAUGAUGUAGCUACAUUUGCAACUGACUUAUCUGGGAACUUUGCUGGUGUUGUUCAGUACAACAAAGAUAACAGAGCAUUUGAGGUAGGUAUUAUGAAAUUUACAAAGACAGCAACUCUAAUGCACCGAUCAAUUCGAAACUUCAGCAUCCCCCAGGCAGGCGGGCGGGAAAACCCCAAGGCAUUUGACCAUCAAUUGUAGACUACGAGUAGUCCCUCAUUUCCCCUCAGGGGCAGUAGAGCGAGCGAAACGCGAGCGCGCGUGAAAAUCAACCCUCACGAGAAAGGCGAGACGCAAGUGCCAAGUUUAACUUCAUUUUACGAUCCAGUGUCUGACAACGUAGAUGCAAUCUUUUAAAGUUAGAUGGAGGAGUUAAAAGGUCAAGACACAUCUUUUGUAAACAAAUGGCUUGUUCGAUAAGGACUUCGAAAGCUAGCAUGUGUGCAUUUUUGUUAUCAUACCCCUAUUUAAUAAAAAGUGUAUUAAUAUCACCGGAAGAUAUAAACCCAAAUUACUUUUUUACGUCCGAAACAUUCACUAUACACUGAUUAUAGAUUAAUCCACACACCACAACAAAUGUAAAGUUUGUUUUUCGAAUUCACAAUCUGCAAAAUAUUUCAUCUUUGGGAGGGGCAUUUGACCAAUUCAUUGGGCUAAUGUAAUGGGAAUUUGACCAGGCCUCACUUAAAAAGUUCAAAUGACCUGGGGGUUGCGCGUGGAGAUGUUGAAGUUUCGAAUUUGAUCGGCGCAUUACUUUGAGAAAUUUGUCUACUCACUAAGAGUCUGUUGAUUAGACGACGUUUAAAAUGGACCAACCGGUUUAAGACACUGCAAGCACCCUCUUAUUUUUUAUUAUUCUUUUUUCAAAGUUAGUAGAGUGACACACGUACCUGUUUUCGAAGAACAUUGUUUUAAGUUGUCCAAAUGAUAAAGACCUAAGAACGUGGUUUUGUUGAACCGCCGGUUUAAUAAGCUGCCCUAAGGGUUAAAAAAGAUCUUAUGAGCAUUAAUCUAAAGCCACUUUUUUGCGUCAAAUAUAAUUUGAGUGCGUGAACAAUUUCCUGUAAGAUGUAACACUAGCCAGUACCUUCACUUCGCCGCUAAAUUUUUUUCCUAAUGGCGCUUAAUUUAGUUAUUUUGACCAAAUGCUAAAUUUUGUAUUUUUUGGAAAACCGCAGACUGCAAAAGAAAGAAUUGAAAGAAAUAAUCGAAGAAAACCUCGAAACUGCAAAUAGUACAUGCACGUGUUUCAACCGAAAAACGAAACUGCGGUAAGAAUGCGGAUGGAAACAAAAGUGUGCUCUGACGAGCGUACAGAUAAACGGACUGAUAGAUAGCGCUAACUUGUUAAAAAAUCUUUUCUUGAAUGGACCAAUCAACAAAACUAGAGACGGAGGAAAAUGUGAAACCCGAAAAACCACUUUUCGUUUGAUGUAAAACAAACAAACAAACAAACAAACAAACACCCAACGUUCUUAAAAUAAAUAACCGACAACCGUUAACCCUUUAAGUCCCAAUAGUGACCAACAGUAAUUUUCUCCUGAAAAUGUCCAUACAUUGUCAAGAGAUAAGGUUGUGAGAAUAUAAAAAAUGAUCAUGAAAGAGAAAAUGCCUUGAUGUUUUAUUAAAUUCUCUCAACUAAUUUUUAAAGGAAAUGUAUGGAGAUCAGUUUGGAGAAUUUGUAUGUGGAUACUGGGGCUUAAAGGGUUAAGUACACGUAGCCCAUAAAACCCUGAAUUUUGGACGUCGCAAACCCAGGAUGGUCAGAUUUUAAGGAAACUAAAAUAGUGCUCUUGUUGUUGUUGUUGUUGUUGUCUUACAUGUUGUCAUUGUUGUUGUCUUAUUUUCAAAGGGUGCAGUAGGAACAAAUAUAACAAUCGAUACUUUAUGCGGUAUCAUGAAUAACGAAGACAUCGGAGAUCCAUUGGCUCGCUAUGCUAAAAUCAACUCGCUGUUACUCCAAACAUAUGGAUCCAAGUGUCUUGAUUCAAGCUACAAGAACAUGAUGACAAGUUUACAAAAUACGUCGUGGAAUAGCAGUGCUUCUGAAGGAGGUAGAGGAGAAAAUAAUAAUUAUUAAAUUAACAAACAGAUAACAUAAAUAAAUAAAAUCAAUAGAAAAAUCGAAACCCUGAAGGAGUUUUGGAUAGUAACCAUAAACCAGGUAGUUUACCGUAAAUUAUCUAAUUAACGCCCUCUCUCCUCCGCCUCUUGUCUAAUAAACGCCCCCUCUACAUAACCUGAGAUCAGGCCCAAUUUUAGCUGUUCUCAUACAUUCUCUCUAACGGCUACCGCGAAAAUUGGGCCUGAUACAAACUCUCUCACGUUUGUACUCACUGCGGCCAGAUUUUGGCCGUAACACUGAUUGGCUGUUGGAACAAUGCCUCAGGAUCUGAUUGGCUGUUGAAAUCAACGGAAAUUGAAACCGCUCAUUCUUCGCGUGGUUGUUUUCUUUUCGUUUCGCCUUGCUCGCGGGAAUGUAAAUUUCAAGCGAAACGAAAAUAGAGUCUGAUCUCAGGUUACCUCUACAAUGUCGAGUUUGUAUUAGACGCCCUUGUCUAAUAGACACCGCCCAUGACAGUUACUCCAGAAUACUAUGAAUUACCAAAGAGAAGCAAAAUCGUUCAAUUUACAUGUAUUUAGUUUCUUGCUUGAUUAACUGCAAGAGUUUGCGCGUUGCAUCUUGUUCAAUGUGAAGGUGAAGUUCAAAAUAAGGAUAGACUUACGAUGACAACACAGUGACCCUGAACGUGGAUUCUGACAUCCAAGUUAAGAAUUGAAAUCUCUGGACGGCCUAGACCUAUCAUUUGAUGGACUAUAUAUUCCACUAUUUACAAACUCUUGAUAUUUAUCGCUGAAAACAUAUUAGUUUUGUAGAGAUUUUUUUACAAAAAUGAAAAUAAACGCCACCUCUCUAUUAGAGCGAUUUUCGUAUGACCUUGAAAAAUGGUUUCGGUAAGUUUUCGUUAUUUGUUUUAUCAGCCAAUGGACAAAAAGAUCAAAACACGACCUCUUCGUUUUCCCGCCAAAGAAAACCCUAAUAUGGAGAAGGCGUUGUUCGAUUGGCCAAUCGUGUUGCAGUAUGACGUCAAAGCGAAGUAUAAAUUGAUUUCUAGAAGUUAUCGGGCAUGAAGUUUUUUCUCUCGAGCGUUCGCUUAACCAGCCAAAAGCCACGUGCGUUUGUAUCCGUUCGAUAAAACAAUCAAAUCGCUCUGCUUCCGUUCGUUUUUGUUUCUGUUUUGUUCGCGCGUUUUCGUUUCAAGGUCAUACGAAAAUCGCUCUAAACGCCCCGUCUUGGUCCCCUAAAAUUAAAUAAACGCCUCGGGCUCAUUUAAAUCAUUUACGGUAGUCUUGUUCUAGCCCCUCUCUGGACGUUGCGUUACAGGUAGGUGGGGGGCAGAAGUGGAUAAACAACGACAACGACCUUUGUUUUGCUCUUGAUUUAAGUACAUAUUAACAAUGCAGAGGAAUCUCAAAUUUUGUGCUUGCCGAUUUAAAGCUGGUUUUCACUAGGGUAUAAGCGUAAGCACAACCACAUGUGUCACCAAGUGAAAACUGGGUCGACAUAAGCAUAAGCACAGGAAAAACGGACAAGUUCGUUCUUCUUGUGCUUGUGCUUAUGUCGUAACUUUGACUAGUGAAAACGGGGUCGACAUAAGCACACGAAUAAGCACCAGGCCGUAGACCAAUCAUAGGUCAGUUUGACCCAGAACUUGUGCGAACAUAUAAAAAUCUAGCCUGCGAAAACAUCCGCUUCUCCUCGCUAUUCGUCGCUGGGGACGUUUCGCGCGGAGGAACGUCUGCGACUCAGCGACAGGAAUUCCAUACUGAUGACGUAAAAUCUGUCCGGAAUCCGGUCAGAAGCGCUGAUUGGUCAACGGAGUAGUUACAUUGUUUUAGCUAUUGUUUUCGAAUGACCGAUAAAGGACAAAAGGCCGCAAAGGUCAAAUGUAAACGCGAAGAAUCUCUAACAAAACAGUCAAUAUUUGUGGAACAUAGUCUUCUCUAGAAGAAGUAUUUGAGUUUUGCUGGAGCUUGUUGGCAGAUAAACACAACACUUUACCAAAAUCGACCAGAAGACACGUAAAACUGGACAAAAUUUAUAUUUGAAACCCCAUGACUACCGGAUUUAUCGUGUAAACAUUGAUUUGCGUCAUCAGUAUGGAAUUUCUGCCGCUGAGUCGCAGACGUUCCUCCGCGCGAAACGGCCCAGCGGCGAAGAGCGAGGAGAAGCGGAUGUUUUCGCAGGCUAAUAAAAAGCAAUAUGGCGGACGCCUCGUCCGCCAUCUUGUUUAUCAUCGGAUUGAGGAGAGCUGGUAUAGAAAAUUAAGUCAAAUAAACCUUUCUGCGCUUGUGUAUGUCCUUAUACUUAUGCUUGUGCGCUGCUGAAAGCCAGGCUUAUUAGUGAGCACACUCGCACUAAAAAGUAGCACAUGCCAGUCGCGUCAAGCGACGGUAUUACCCUACUUUCAUAAGAAAGGCUGUUGGAUUUUAAACGAAUCGCUUCUCUCCAGCGAUGCAAAAAAGGCAUAUUAAGGUAUUAAAAAGUCGCCAUUAUUCGCAAAAAAUAAAAGUAAACGUGAGAAGUUCGAUGCAAGGUGUCUAUUACAAUCGAGAAACGUGUAUUUGGGCUUGGGGAAGAAGUAACAAUCCUAGGUAAGUAAACAGUGUCACAUAGUAAUUUUCAAGGAGUUAUAAUAACUCCUCUAGUGGGAUUAAUUCAACUCCUUACAGUGAAGUUAUUUUUUCGGAGUUAUUUUAACGCCAAAAAGUAGUUUAAAGAACUCUCUUUCAGGAGUAAAAAUCACCCCAGUUUUGGGUUAUUAGUAAUAUUGAGGAGUUAAAGUAAGCGCCAAAAAGGGGUUAUCCUGUACCUAAAAUUUUUACUCCAUUUUUGGAGUUAUAGUAACUCCUAAAAAUUAAUGUACAGUUAUUGCAGAGUCAAAUUUGGUGGCGUGUAGACUUCUUGGAGGCGAUUUUGUUGGUGGCGAGAUGACCGUAAACCCUACCUCUAAAUCAUCAUUGAUUGAUUUGUUUUCUUUUCUUUUCUUUUUUCCCCAGGUCGACAGUGGAUGUAUCAAACAUGCACGGAGUUUGGGUUUUAUCAAACGUCAGAUUCUGCUAAUCAGCCAUUUGGAAAAUUGUUCCCUUUAAAGUACGCAGUCAGUAAAACAAAGCCAGAGGCUUUCAGAACAAAAUUAUUGAUUAAUUAACUUUUUUUAAAACUGGGAUGAGUGUUUCUGGAUUAGGCGUUAAGAGGCACUUUGUUUACUCAUAUUCUAUCUCUUGAAAAAACUUGGGGAUGUUGUUAUGAGAGCCUAUUUCUACUGUCCCCCUUUCCCCCAAGCAGUGUUGAUUGUGUUGAAACAAAACUUGAAUGCAUAACGUAGGGGGGUGGGGGGAGCAAGAGUUUUGACCCCGUUUGUAGUUCCAGUUCAUUUGCGCAAUUCUCUCUCGAAACUCGAGCAGAAAACCGGUUAAGUGCGAAUUCGUAACGUGUUUUGUUUGUUGUCUUGUUCUAUGGGGACUGAAACAGAUAAGUAAUAACACAGGGUUCGAACUUAAUAUUUUAGUCCACCAGAAAAGCUUUGCAGGCAAGAAUUAGUAGCAAAAUAAAAGUUAUAAAAAAUUAUUGUGAGUUCGAGCUAAAAUGCGGCUGGAAAAACUUGUAGUCAUUCUCCGCGCUUAAACAAUGGAGUACAGACUUGAAGUUAAAAUGUGCAACCAAAUUUUAUCUUCCUUCUCAAAUUGUUAUUUGGAAAAUGCUAACUCAUAAAUGCUUGCCAGAGGAUAUUCUUUUGACUCGCAAAUUCUAAAAACCAUUCGCUUUUAGCGAGUUUGGGGUCAUCCUCGGUGUAAAGACCUCUGAAGUUCUUCUGUGUUUUCUAGCUAUUAUUUUCCUUGGCUCUAUAGUGUUGACUUCGUAGUGGCUUCUUUGUAUUAAUUGUUUUACGUUACUCGUGAGUUUCACCGGUUUUUAAACCGAAUAUGAUUCCGAGUCUGCGAGUUUUAAUUUUGAGCCAUGACGCAUUAACUUGAAUAAGUUUCGACUUAGCCUGCGAGCAGGUUCCCUUGUUCGAAUUCGGGGAAAUAUCCGAAUUCGCAAGAGUGAGCCUGCUCGCCGGCUAGUUUCGAGUUUAGAAGGUGCCUGUUCCGUUUCCACACUAGGGACUUUGUGAUCCGACGACGCAAUGGCAGCGAAAACUUCGCUUAAAAAAGUGAAUUUACGUUCUUCCAGCCUGUCCCGAUUAUUGCCACCCGUUUACGUUAUCAAAAGUAGGCGAACCCCCCGCGUUGAAGUUGAAUGCCAAGGAUCCCUACCUAAGUGCCGAAAGAGAAAUAAGAUUUUGUCGCACUUGUUUACGCCCUCCUUAAAAUGUAAAAUUAUGCAAUUUCACGUCGAAAUCGUGCAAAAACGGCAAAGAAAUAUACAAAAAAGUGUAAUGCCCGUCCAAAGUUGCCGUUUUCCUUCUAAACCUAUUGUUGUUGUUGUUGUUGUUUUUUUUUUUUCGUCCUCGUUGUACGGAAAACUCGUUACAGAUGGAAAACCCGUUUUGGUUGGAGUUCUCGUCUCUGGUGUGACUUUAGCCAUUUACAUGAUACAUUCUUGCCGUGGGCUUUGUUCUGUGUCUCGUGAAAAUCUAGCUACCUUUGAAAAAGACUAAUGUGGUGUAUUAAAUUUCAUCAUAGGUUUUCUAUUCAACAAUGUAUGGAUAUCUUCGGACCUCAGUUUAAUGCAGCGAACAUUCAACGCGGUAUUGAUCAAACAAACACCAACUAUGGAGGAUACGGAAUAUCUUCAAGCAAGGUGAUUCUUGUUAAGAUUUAACUUACUCCUAGAUCAAGUAAUGGCCAGAUUAUUUGUGAAGGCUUUGAUGUUACUAUUCAAACGAAACCUCUUCAACAGUACUUUCACGUGGUACUAUUGUUAUUUGGGCGUCCAAAUAGAGUAAUCGAGAUGGCUUGUUUUGAUCAAAGUUGCAAUAGGCACGCAAUACGUGCGAACUUAAAGAAGCCAAGUAAACAAGCAAAGCGACGCGAAUGUCUACUAAGGGAUGUGUCACGACACAGUAUUUAUCCUCGUUACGUACGUCCCAAAGAUAACGUACGGCAAACAAAUUUGCAAUAGAAAACAAAAGUAUUGAAAAAACAAGGUAGACUCAGUGAAACAAACUAUUAAAGAAUGUAAAUUUUUCCUUUGGAAAAUAAUUGUGCUCGCAGCACACGGCGUGAACGUUUUUUCUCUCGUACCAAAGGUACCGGUCAUUGCCCUUUUUCACUGUGCAGACUAUUCAAUGCCAGUAAAGACGUCGCGGCUCAUGUAGUCAGGCCCUUAGUUUUAUUGCCAGAUUUUACGUCCUUCCCCAUGACCUUACCGAUUUUUCAAAGCCCCCCGAACAUACACACAAGAUUUCAGCCCCCCCCUCAAAAUUAUACCCACUUCUCUACAUUAAAUGAACUUUUCCUCUUAUCUGCGUUCUCUCCAUACAAAUAUCAAAAAUAACCGAAAAAAAAUCCCAAAUAGGAAGCCUAACAUCGUUUAAAAGUACAAGUAUGUUUUCGUCUAUUGAUGAGAUCUUUUACAACCACCACUUCAUUUCAACACACUAACUACACUAUCCCUUUAUAACCAAAUUAGCAUCCAACAACUACCUCACUGCAACACCCAAAAUCACUUUUACCUUUCAAAAAAAUCAUUUUUUGUUACUUCAUGUUAAAUUCUACGAGAACGCAGUUUCGCUGAUUACCAAACUACAGCCAUUAUCUUGCCAAAUCCACGUCCAAUAUAACUCCACUCCUUCCACUCCACACAUCUCAACCAACCCCUAAAAUAUACAACGCUACUGCACCACUCACACCUGCCUAAUACACAUGCCUAGUACACAUACACUCACACGCGUAGUACAUCGACGCCCAAAUAUACGCUCCCACAGCGUCUUGUUUAGUAUGUAUUUCUAACUUUUGAGUCUGUGGAUGAAAUUCUAUGGUGUUGGUCAUUCAAAUGAAACCUCUUCAGCAGUACUUUCACUUGGUACUGUUUAUUUAGUUUGUAGCUCUAACUUUUGAGUCUGUGGAUAAAAUCCUAUGGUGUUACCAUUCAAAUGAAACCUCUUCGGGCAUAGAUUUUGCCCAGUGCCAUUUAUUUUUUAGGAUUUUAGUAAUACAAAAAAGAUUGUUUUUUGUGAAGUUUUAAGUUUUAUUUUCCAAUAUUAGGAGGAAAAGGGUAGGGAUGGACUUGAAUACAGUGUAACCUCUAAUAACGACCGCCUUUCCUAAACGGCCUUGAGAAGACUUCUUCUCUUUCCAUAAAAUUGCAAAAGAAAAAGGACUUGGUAAUACCAAGCCGUCUUGACGAAACGGGGCUGAUCAGUAACUCAUACAUCAAAGAAAUGUAUUACACUUUCCCCACAUAACUUGUGUCAUGGAUUUUGCACUCCUUUCCUUCACAAAACAGCCACCCAUCUAAAACGGUCACUGCGUGGCAGGUGUCGAAUGGGGUGGAUGGGGGAGAGGGGCACAAGGUAGGGAAAUUCUCGGUUUCUUCUCUCCUCUCUUUUUAAACCUGCCACGCAGGCCGCCUUUGUCCCAAAGAAAGUGACUGUCGUAUAGACGUUCAACUGUAAGCUGUUGUAAAAUGGGUGCUCGAGGGGUGCAUGUGGUUACAGUGUAGGCUACGUUCGCACUAUACUGGAUAGCUUUUUCGCUGGCACAAAAAUCAUACCGGAUAGGGCUUCUGUUCACACACAAUGACGUGAUUUCGGCGCGAUGUCCGUGGCGGAGAGAAGCUGCGCCGCGUUGAUCUCGAAAGUGGAGCGUCACAUAACGGGUAGGUUUUGUGCCAUACUUUGGUGCAAUGGGAACACCUAUUCGGACCGUGGCGGAAGUGAAUAAGUAGGGGCGAAGACUGGAAGACACUGAAACGGAAGUAAAUAUUCAGGAGUGAGGACUAGUAUUUAGUGCACCAAACUCUCUCUGCCAACCGCGCAGGCACGAUGUUCGACGUGUGUGAACGACUUGUUGCAGCCCCAGGCCGUUGCUGUUCAUAUUAUAUAUGCAUACAUAUACAAACAUACAUUUAUAUAGUAAAGCAGAUCAAGAAAAAUUGGCCCCUUUACAGCUGAUGUGGACCUAUACUGGAUAGCUUUUCGUGUCGGCACGUAUAGACACAAAAAAGAUACACCCGUUAGUAAAUUUAUAUUUACUUCAAACAAAUAAACUUGUAACCAGUGCAAAGUUGAGGCUGCGAUCAACUAGUAACUUGACAGCGGAGAACAGCGGAGAACUUCAAGAAACACGUUACCUGGAUGGGUCGACACCUGAGCCCGCAAUAAGGUCAUGUGAUACUGGUCAGCGGAUACCCUGUUUUGACAGCUGUCAAUCGACCAGAGCAUGGNACUAGUAACUUGACAGCGGAGAACAGCGGAGAACUUCAAGAAACACGUUACCUGGAUGGGUCGACACCUGAGCCCGCAAUAAGGUCAUGUGAUACUGGUCAGCGGAUACCCUGUUUUGACAGCUGUCAAUCGACCAGAGCAUGGAUGAGCAAUAUCAGGUUGCAUGCUCCCACUUUAGCUAGAAAGUUUGACGUUUCACAUUGGUUGCCCUGUGGUGCGGGCGGACGUACGGUCAUGUGAUUACCAAAAUUUCCUUGAUAGAUAGAUUACCAAAUUUUCUUGGGUAUGGGGCUCUGCUAUGAACUGUGGUUUCUACGGGACUAAUUAAAUUGUCCAUGUUAAAGAGGUGUAUGUAAGUAGAUAUUCGUGCGUAAGCCUGUGGCGCUUAAACCGAGACAUCUUCUGUAAAUUGAUGGGAAAUUACAGUACGAAAAGAGAAAACAUUAAAGAAUUGCCUUCUCUCGGUCUUGGGAUUCGAAGAUUGACUUUCCACUACUGCGCAGCUUUGAAUUGAUUCGCGAAGGAUCUUUUGAAGAUAAGUAGAUUCACGGCUUGUUUAUUCGACGAUCCCGCUCUAAGGAUUACUGACCUGUCCUGACGAAAAGUGCAUCUCUUUGCUAGUAAAUCGACCCGAUUAAUACGAACAUCUACAGUGUUUGAGAAGUUUUCCUUAAUUCUCAGUCCGUCUGCUUGAAAGGGAAGCUGAAACAAGGACUCGGACUAUCCUAAUAUCCUUACGUUGUUUUCUGUCCAAAACUAUUUGAAAGAGCGAAGGUGUUCGUUUAGUUUGUGUUUAGGUUCCAGUUAAGAACUUAAAACAUUAAACAUCUAGUUUGAUUUUCUCGUUGUGAUAAAAGGUUUGUCGGUGACGUUUUCACCUGGGGUAAUGCGGACCCUUGCGCUUGUCUGUCUGCAUUUAUCGGGUUUUAAAAUAAAUAAUUAAAUGUAUAAAUAAAUUCUUUUUCCUUAGUGUUUUACGCAACACAUUUCUCGCCCUGUGGCAGAACACCAGUAUUGUUAACAUUGAAAUUAACAUGCUUGUUCAUAUUUCCUUGUCGCACUCUCUGUCCAGCUUCUCCUUCGCGUUCUUGCCCUGCUUCUAUACUGACCAGAGCGUUUGAUGCUGAUCUAGAUCUGUUCAGCCUCGGCAAUGUUCCCAGUUCUACAAAUAAACUCAAUGAACGCCACACGAAACUCUCUCAGUCUGGCUGCGUAUAUAAGAGGAUUGAAAAAAGCGUUCAAUAACGUCAUUAACGUUGCCAAAAAGAAAUAUAUGUAAAGCACGUCAAAAGACAGUUUACUUUGAUACCUCACUAAGACAACUCUAAAAAUGAGCAGGGGUGUAUAACACAAUGUGAGCACUACAAUGAUGAUAAACGUCACUUUGAAAGCCUUUUUAUCUUUUUGAAAUUGUUCCCUUGCUUCCACGGUCACUUGCUGAGCUGCAAUUUGCUUUUCGUGUCGGCGGAUUUCUCGGUAAACCGUAACAUGGCAGAAGAUUAUAAAGGCGAGGCAUAGACCCAUGGUUGCAUUGUUAAGCGGCAAAAAUACAGAUCUGUAAACGACAAUACCAAUGUGAACAAUUAUUGAUAGUAGCCACGCUAAGACAGAGGCAACAAGAAAACGAGCUUCGGUAACGAGGCUAAAGUGCGCGAACGGGUGUCUCAUGGCUACAUACCGCUCUCCGCUAAUCAAAGCCAUGUUUAUUAAAGAGGUAGAGACACUGACGACUGACAUAGCCCUUGUAAGAGCUUGCAACACGCACGUUGCACUGGAAACGUCAUCAUCAUUCUGACAAUAUUAGUAACGCUACUUCCUCCCGACAUGUUCCUACGGGUGUUGCUUCAGACAACUUCGAUCAUUCCGCUCAGGUUAUAAGCUGAACACUGAAGAGUCGGCACUAAAGUAAAACUGCCGGAUCAUAACAAGCGCGUUCAAGGCAGCGGUGACAGGAAAUGUAAGAAUGUGGACGGCAAUGAUAAUAAUAAGGAAAGCUUGAGUUAAUAUCGAAGGUUGAUGCAGUCUUCCUCCCAUAACAACGUAGAACUCACAUCUAGAGGGGAAGAACUCGUUGCUUGAAAGGUUCGAAUUCAUCCUUUUAGAUCUUUUUCUGGGCUUUUUGCAGUUCGGGUUACCGUUUCUUCUGUUAGUUGCGGAAAUUGUCCCAGUUUGAAACAAUCAUUAUCCGUUACAACAAUGAGCCCAUUACAGUCAAGCCUUGAUGCCUGUACCAAAAGGAAGGAUCUUUGUGUCCGGAUCACUGUGGUGUCUGUAUUAUAAUAUCAGCUGUGCCCGUAUGAUUUAUUGUAUCUUUGGACAAAGAUAGGUCUCUGAGAGGCCAGUCAGCGUAAUGGCGGACUGUUAUAGGACUGUCUUUGAUAAGAGGUUCAACUUCACUUGAUGUUUCCAAGUUAGUUUUUUCUAAAAAAAAGAGGGAAAGGAGAAAAGGAAAGAAAGCCAUUAGAAAAAAUUCAAUGACAUGAAAACUGGUAAGUUGUUGCUAAUAAGGCAAACUUGUAAUACAAGUUACUUUGUAACUUUACUUACGAGUUAUUUUUUGUAUUAUUCAGUAUUUACCUCCAUUUUUGCACGAAUGGAUCGCCCCAGCCAGUUUAAAUUAACUUUGAAUAACCUAUUUAUAUUUCAUGAAGAAACUACAUAGAAAUUCAAAUUAAAUGAAAGUGAAGUUUUUCUAUGGUCUUAUUAUUAUUAUUUGAUAAGUUCUUGUAUUAUUAAACCGACAAACCGAUCUAGAUGUAAGAAUUUUUUAGCUGUUAAAAAAACUUUUUGUUCUCGCUUUAAACUUUAUGAAACGGUUCCGGUCGUUGACUUACCUGGAUAUAUUAUAUUUAGCAUUCACUGGAUGAGACUGAGUAUAAUCUGGAAAAUUAUGCAGAUCGAGAAGGGGUUUUCGGACUCACCGCCAUUAUAUUUUCGAGUUAUUGAGGUAUAAUGAGUGAAGUUGGUGCCCCGCUUUUACCUUUGCCUGUAACCAGAUAAAAUUACCUCUUUUUCUUGGUGAAUAAUUGAGGAACAGACAAGGCGAGAACUUAACCAGCAAACUGUAGCUUCGAACGACAUUAAGAUAAUUUUGUCUAGCGUAGAUUAGAAUUUGUCAUAACAAUUGUGUUUUGGUUUAAUUUUAAUUUUUCUAUUUGUGUGUGUGUGUGUGUGUGGGUAUAAUAAUGAAUGAUAAUGAGGUUAAACAAAGAAAAAGCAAAAUUAAAACAAAAAUAACUGAACCGUAAAACGUGAAUUAAUUAUUCACCAAGAAAAUGAAGUGAUUUUAUUGGCGGAUUCAUCGUGACGUCAUUGUUUACAUUUUUGGUCAUUAACAUACGAGUUAACCCAUAGAAGACGUGGUAGUAUAUACAAAUCAGGUUCAUAAAUUGGAAGAGCUGGUUAAUUUGAGUAAUUUGUGCAAGUUUCAGCUCUUUGCAGUCAACUAAGAAAAUAGCAGCAAUCAAAAACUGCGGAACUGCUGGGUGCCAAAACGUUAAUGAGUUCAUACAUUGUUUGUAAAUUUUGGGGUUUUUCAAAGAGAAUUUCUCCGAACAUUUUCGGCAUAUCGGGCUCAAAUUUUCAGAGAUAACAGAAAUUGUUAUGCUCUUUCAAUACUCAGAGACUUUGUUUUAUUAGCCUCAUCAGAUAAUGAUAAGCAUAUGCUAAUGAGGCAAACAAUAUUAACGGAGAUAGGCCAUUUGCACUAAGAGGUCAUGUGACAUCGUUUUUAGUGAAAAUGAAAGUUAUACGAUUUUGCCUUUGAAAAACGAUUAAGCAAAGUAAUGGUGGUUUGGUUUUCAAACCUGCAUCAUUUUCCUAAAAUGAGUAAGUUCGUAAAUGGUCACGUGACCAAAAUGUGAUUUUUGAAAUUAUGAAUUACCUCUUUCUGAACACAACUUUUCCACUUAAACUUCAAGGAAAAUGUUGAAAAGGUGAUGUUGUAACGUUUACAGCACAUCUGAGGGUAACUAUCAAACGUUUAACAAGAUAUAAGCAGAAAGUGGUUUUGGCCGCCAUGUUGAAGGGCAAGACUAUGCCCUCCAACAUGGCGGACAGUACAAAUCAUAUUUUUACUUUGUUGAAAAAUGAGUGCCAUAAAACAUCUCCCUUAAAUGCGUUUCCUCUCAAAUUUUAGGUGUAAGAUAAUUUUUAUGUGCUCUAUCAACUUUUGGCAUCGGGAAGAUUCCAACUCAUUGUUUAAAGGAAGCAUUGGUCACGUGACUUCAAAGUGCAAGUGGCCUAUUCGCCCAUAUGUUUAAAGGCAAACGUAAAAGCGGUGCUCCAACUUCACUCAAGAAAAACGAGUAUUAAAAACACAUGAAGUUUAACUCAUGAAAAGAAAUGAGCGAUUUCGCGGAAUUUUUGUAACUCCGCACGCUGGUUCAAACAAAUCAAGAGGAUUGUAUGUUUCGAUGUAACAACGCGAUUUAAUCCAAUCGCACAAUCUAUUGCGAUGUACAAUUCUUACUCAUUCAACGAUAAAGACAAGAACUAGAACUAGAACGUGCCUAAUACAUUCUGAGUAUACAUAGGUUUCUCUACUGUCCUUAUAGUAUUUUUACAUUAAUCACAUGUACAGUAAAUUUCCUUAAUAAUGUAUCUACAUUAAGUUGCUAUUACAAAAUCGCACGUUCUUUCACCUUAUUUAGCUUAAGUGAAUAAAUGCAGUUGCAUCAUUUUAUAUGGUAAACUUACUCGGACUUUGUCCACAUGAUUGUGAAAUCCUAUGUCACGAAAUCUAUAUUGUUUGCGCUACAAAUAUCAAUUUUUAAUAAAUAUUUAAUGAAAAAAUAAUCACGUUAAGCAUCACAUAUUUCUUUCCCGACAAGCGAAGAAAACUCGCAGAUAAUUUGAACUUCUAAUGUUAAAUUAGUGUAAUUUUAUUACAUAUUUUUGGUUAUCGAAGAUUGCGCAAAAAAUGAACUUGAAAUUCAAAAUGGGAAAAAAAUUUACCGAAAAGUGGAGGGAAAAGAGCCAUGUUAUAAUUGAUAAUAUGGUCUUAUGAUGUUGUUGUCUCUGAGCUUUGUUGUUAAUGAAGAGUAAAAGGCACAGAAAUUACUUAUAAAAAAGAGUCUGAAGGGAUCAGUCUGAGCGAGAAGUUAUUACUAUUAUUAUUUUUUGAUCCUUCCGUGUGCGUUCUUCAAGGGCGAAUUUUUAAACCUUAUAAGGCGAAACUAUUCUCUUGGAAACCAUAACACUGUGAGCGUGGCAGUCAUUUGUCAAUACUGAAGUAUGUUUUGUUUUUACUUUACUCCCUGCGUUUAAAGCACAAAAUCUUCCCCGAAUGCUACGAAAAAACGGAAAGUCAAACUUACCUUNUUUAAACCUUAUAAGGCGAAACUAUUCUCUUGGAAACCAUAACACUGUGAGCGUGGCAGUCAUUUGUCAAUACUGAAGUAUGUUUUGUUUUUACUUUACUCCCUGCGUUUAAAGCACAAAAUCUUCCCCGAAUGCUACGAAAAAACGGAAAGUCAAACUUACCUUAAUUACUUAGAUCUAUGUCUGCUGUAAUGUAAUAAUCUUUUUCUGUGCUGACAAAAACUUUCGCAGCCUUUACCUUUUCACUCUCAAAUUUCUUACUUCCAAUGCUGAUUGUCCUGAGAUUUAAGAAUAUCGGCGGCAGCAUAAACAGCAAAUUUCCCAACCAAAAAGAUCAAACGUAAAGCGACAGCAGAAAAAGGUUGUUAAAAUGGUACCAACAAUAAACUUAAUCUUGCUUGUAACACCUGGACGUAUCAUUGACAAAAGACGUGACGGUUGGUCCUCAAUGUUACAUUAAAACAAAAAAUGGACAAACGAGGCAAAUAUAAAGGCAAACACGAAGUUUUUUUAUUUUUUGUUGUUGUUGUUUUUGUUGAUGAUGUUUAUGUCAAGAGGGUGUUAAGCAAUUUACUUCACUGUUGCACAAGCAUUACCCAUAGUUUUACUGUCUAUUUCACCUUAUACUUUUCUGUGACUGGUUGCCAAAUUUGUUGGAAAAUUUGAAACUACGUUACGGAUCACCCAAUUACUAUCCGCAAAUUGCGAACUUCGAAACGAAAUGCAACUUUUGUUCGGCAUGAGCUAGAUUCGAAACUUCGACGUAGGAGGAAUACGUUGUUUUUUUUGCUUAUGUUCCAAAAGAGUAAACCCUGUACUCUUAUCCCUGCCUGGGAAAGCAAGCAGAUGCUGUUUCUUCGAUCGAUACGUAAUUUUUAAUAAUAAGUGGAAUAACCAUUUCUUUGGCUUUGAUUUUAAAGGAUAUAAACCGAUGCCGAACGAAGCGUUUCCAAGAAUUGCAAGCACUCUGGGACACACUACGGGGAAGGGUUGUACUCUACUGACUGUCUAUUUGUCGUUAGCGAUUUUUUUUCACGUGUGUAUAAUGUUUGAUUAGUUUACCCGAUUUAUUCAAGAAUGCCUGUUUGGCCAUUCAAAGCGUUAAUUCUUCGUGGUCUCAGUUUGAAUGAAGAUUUUGUAUCGAAGUAUUCUAUUUCCAUUUUUAUGUGUUUAACCAAAUGAUGACUAGAAAACGGUUGCAGUAACUUUUAAUGGCGUCUAAGGGCGAAUGGGUUAAAGUGGUUUUAAAAUGAUAGUUCAGCCUAGAUUCGGUAGAAUUUCCAAAUGUGUGUCCUGGAUAACUUCUAUUUAUUCUAUUUUUUGUAUUUUGUUUGUUUGUGUGUGUGUGAUAAUGAACUAUGAUAGUGAGGAUUAUAAAAAGAAGCUAUUGAAAACUUAAAGGAAAUAAGGAUGUUAUUCUAAUUGAAUAUACUUUAUAUAAUAAUAUCUUGACGAAAUGGGAGAUAAUGAAUGAAAGAAAUUUGCCUUAUUUUCAUUUCAUAUAUUUAUUUAUUUUUUGAAUUAAAUUAUUCUAUUUCAAUACUAAUUUUGGCGGAUCGAAAAUAACCCUAGAAACCGACCGGGAAACCUUUUAGCAGCCUUUACAUUUUAACUCUUAAAUCGCUUAUUUUCAAAGCUAAGUAUUCUAAGAUUAAACUGAGAUAAUCGGCGGCAACAUAAACGACAAAUUUCCCCAACCAAGAAAAAAAAUGUCAAAAAGCUUGAGCAACAGCCAAAGAAAAAGGUGAUUGUAAUGGUACCAACAAUAAACUUAAUCUUGAUAAUUUACAACCGGAGCGUAAAAAGAGAAAAGUCGUUGGCUGAUACUGUAUUUCGUGAUUUUAAAUGAAACUAGGAGUUUCAAUUUGAAUGUAAGUGCUGGCGCCAGAGCUAGAAGAAAAUACGGAGAAUACUGUUUGAAAACAAAUAAGGUAGAGAAAAUAAAAAUGACCGCUGGGAAUUAGGGUGGGUAAGCCGUUUUAAAAGAAAAAUAUGUUAUUUGUGUGUAUUUCUGACGUAUAAAAGGGGAAAGUCCGUCGAGUAAAUUUCCAAAGUGCAAGCAGGUGAUAAACGAGGUCUGAGAUUUUAGUAAUUGCUUGUUUAAAUUUUCUGGAUCUCUAUUUGCCUGUGGAAUUAGUUUCAUCAAGGUCGCGAACGGUUAAGUGAUGAAUCCCGAGGAAGAGAGGUCAUUUUAUGUGUUUGGCUGCUCUACUAUGUCGACAACUUUUGCCGAUUCGCGAAUGGAAGUGCGAAGAUAUUGACGCAUAGACAUUAUUGGGUAUCAUUCGCAUUAAUAAAACCUGGUUAGCGAUAUGCUGUACGGUCGACUCCCAAUGGCUCGGACCCUCGCUAACUCGAAGCUCGUGCUAACUCGAACGAAAGUCGAUUUCCCCUGCAUUUCCUUCAUACAUUUACUGCAUGUAAUUUUACCUUCGAUAUGUCGAACCUCCCUCGCUAACUCGAAGUAAUUCUUGUUUCCCUUCAGAUCAUUUCUAUACAAUUUUACCCUUGAUAACUCGAACCAUGUUUUAAGCUCGUGAUUAGUCGGAAAAAGCAGUGAACAGCAGCUCAAAACAUUGGUUUUAUUUCAAAGCAACCGUGUAUUCUUAGUCUUUACUUUUUUGUCAGUCCAAUUAAAUACAACGUUUAGCCAUGUACUAAUCAAUCAAGUUUUUUUUUUCAAUUCCUUUUCCAAAACGCAGUAUAAAUUUUGCUGCUCUUGAAGUGAAGUGUGCAUGAUACUUUCAUUCCUCCCCCAUUUCAUUUCCUUAUUUCUAGUUAUUUGCUUCGAUCUCCCGAUAACUCGAACCUUUUUCAAUUUCCCUUGAAGGGUCGAGUCAUCGGGAGUCGACUGUAUUUAAAUUUCUCAAACUCAUUAAUAAUUCAUAAUUAAUGUUUUUAUUUUUUAAUUAGAGUGUGGAAAUCAAAUGAAAAACAGCUCAUUUUUGCAUCCUUAAAGCCUCUUCCUAAAUCAAUUUGUUUGAGAAGUAAUAUCAAGCAUUCGACACAGUGUUUCAUCAGCAGAUGACACGCCUCGAAGUUCGUCAAAAAUACUCCUCUGCGGAUCGUAUUUUUUACCCUCUUCUCGGUGUUCCAUCUGGUGAUGAAACACUGCGUCUCACGCUUGAUGUAUUACGUCACAAUCAAGCAUUUGUUCAUCAAAACUCGCGAGGCGCCUCAUUUUCGGCAAUACUAUUGUAUUUUCUCUUUCCAAUUAGAGAUCGUCGAGCGCACGUAUGAAAAUAAAACCGUGCCGUUUGAUUUUCGAAACGAAAAAGAAAACAACGUCUCUGUACAGACUAAAUCCAUGGUUCUAAGCUUUUCUUUCGCCUCUGCGGACAAAUGUGCUUCAUGGUCAAAUUAUCAGCUGAAUUAUUUACUCCGAAUAGAAGUAUUUUUACCCGGCUUUUCACUAUUGCUGAAUGCACAGAGAAAUCUCCAUGAAGGAGGAUUUAAUUAAUAUCUUCGCACCUCCAUUAAGGUGGUUUUCCACGUUACGUCAUCACCGCCAUGCUGGUGGACGGUAAACAAAGAUCGCUCAUUAGCUCUCUCCGUUUGUCCACCAGCAUUUGUUCAUUUCACCAUUGUUAUUUGUGUCUCCCGAGAUUGCAUGAAAACCACCUAUUCGCGAAUCGGCAAAUAGAGCGGCCAAAUCCCUAAAAAUCUCUCGUUUUCCUCGAGAUUCAUCACUAAAACGCUUUGGAUCGAGACCUUGAUGAAUACUUCCACAAGCAAGACACCGAGAAAAUAUAAAAAGCAAUUUUUUCUUACACAUUCACCUCGUUUUUAAUCCCUUGCACCCUGGAAAUUCACUCAAAUCUCUCGAUCUCGUCCACGUGCGUUUUACGUGAUGUCAUCCCACAGGAGAGAAUACCUCGGAUGAUAAGAAAAGUAAUAGACCUAUUCGGCUAACUCAAUGUUGUACCCAAUUCAAAUCUCCCUGGGUUAAGAUUCUUUGUGUAUUGUAUUUGCAUUAUAAUGUGGCAUUCACAUUUAAAUGAUAUGGAAAUUCCUGAAACAAAACGUUUUAACCCCAAAGGGUUUGAAUUGGGUACAACAUUGAGUUAGCCGAAUUGGUCUAUCGACUGCGCUUCUGAUCUUACAUUCGACAAUUUUGGCUUUUUCUAGCCUGCGUGAAAGCUCUCCUAUUUGGGCGUGUCUCGCGAGAACGAGCGAGCAAAGGGCCGAGGGGCUUCGCUUCACGCUCGCGCGUUCUCGCGAGACUCGCUUCGCUCGCCCAAAUAGGAGAGCUUGCUCGCCGGCUAGGCUUUUUCCUGCUCUUGUAGAGAAUGGUGUAUUGGUUCGCAAAGGCUUGCCAGCAAAAGUGAAAAACCAUUGCAACUGAAGUGAAACAUGCGAGUGAAACAUUUGAACAAUUCAGAGACCGCGUGUUAAAGUUACUAGAAAGACUACCGUUAGAUGCUAUUGAUCGCACUAUCGAAAGCAUCAAUGAUGAUCGAUUGAUACCAUUAUUUCGUCAAAAGGGCCCCGAACCAAAUAUUAGGACUGUUUUGGAAUCGAAGACCUUGUAAGUAGGUUUUAUAUAUUUUUUUACGCAGCAUCACGUUCAAGCGCUUGCCAAAGUUCGGCCCAGAGGCAAUAAGUUAGGGUUCCCAUCUAAAAUCAUUUAGGAAAGUCACUCUGGCUUCCUCGUCCCCUAUCCAUGCGGAGGAGCAGGUAGGAGGAUUGCAAAAUGUAUUGAAAAAUUACUUUCAGUGGCGAUAGAAUAAAGCUCUUUCCACAGUUUGAGCUUCCAUGUAAAUAAACAUGUCUGUCAUAAACAGUCCGCAUUUGCAGGUACCUCAAUGCAUACGACCCAGUGCAAAAUAUUAAUUCCACAAAACUUUCACGCUUCUACGACAGCUUCUAUAGGAAACUUGUGAUUAUCUAAACAAGUCGCUGCGUUUUCAUAGACCGCGACGCCAUUCUGUCACUGACAGCAUACACGGAGAGAGCCCUGCUAAAACAUCGUGUAAAUGUGAACAUCUGUACGGGUGUUCUCAGAGCGUCCACCCACCCCCCUCCCCCUACAAAUACUUCCACAUUUAUUCUUUGCACGCUAUAAGGAAUGAACGGGUUAAGCAUAACUUCAAUCAGAGGCCUAUUACCCUAAAGGUUCCAACCUCUACUAACGUACGCCUCUCCAAACCGGCCUCGAGUAAGACUUCGCGGUUCAUAAAAAUGCAAAAGAAAAAGACUUUGGCCAAUAUCCAGCCUUAUUAUAUGGCUGAAUCCACGAGCGGGUAACAUGAUGCGAAUUCUGUGUUCUGACUGGCUACACGACCAUCUUGCCCGCUCAAAGAAUAUAUUAAAACUGGCGGAUUUUCCUACACGGCAUUUUCAAACGACAGCCACGAGAAAUUAUUUGACUACAGUGGAACCUUUCCUUUGGAACACUUUUAUACAACGGUCACCUCCAAUCAAGGGACGCAAACUUCGGUCCCGGAAAAACGUUCACAUGAUCUUUGUAUUUGUUACCUCUAUUGAAGGGACACCUCUACUCAGGGGAAAGGGACACUUUUNAUAUCCAGCCUUAUUAUAUGGCUGAAUCCACGAGCGGGUAACAUGAUGCGAAUUCUGUGUUCUGACUGGCUACACGACCAUCUUGCCCGCUCAAAGAAUAUAUUAAAACUGGCGGAUUUUCCUACACGGCAUUUUCAAACGACAGCCACGAGAAAUUAUUUGACUACAGUGGAACCUUUCCUUUGGAACACUUUUAUACAACGGUCACCUCCAGUCAAGGGACGCAAACUUCGGUCCCGGAAAAACGUUCACAUGAUCUUUGUAUUUGUUACCUCUAUUGAAGGGACACCUCUACUCAGGGGAAAGGGACACUUUUGCUGGGUCCCAAAACCCAGGUUUAACCACACCUUGGCACUGAACACAAAAAUCGUCGAUAAGUUCAAGUGUUUACUGGUCAAAAUGGCGACAGCUUUCAAAACAUGAACUAUGUCAGUUAAAACCACUUCACUGCUCUAGUGGGAAUUCAGUACACAACAUCGCAGAUAAGUCAAUCAAAAAUUUUUUAUACACUAUUUAGCUGCUUGAAACAAUGGCUGCAUCAGAUUCCAAGGCAGAAAUCAGUGAAAGAAAAGUAUUUUAUUUGUUUGGUUAAUUAUUAACGAACCCCAGCCCAACCUCCAUUCAGGGGACACCUCUAUUCAAGAAACACUUGCCUUGGUCCCGAGGGUGUCCCCUGAAUAGAAGUUCCACUGUAAGUUGUUACGCGACACAAUUCUGGCGCUAUGACAGAACGUCAUUAUUAUUAAUAUCAUCAUUGUUGUUCAUAUUUCCUUGUUCCACGUUCUGUUGAGUUUGUCCGUUGCGUUCUUGCCCUGCUUCCUUUCUGACCACAGCAUUUGCUGCACCAGAUAACUCACUCUCAAUCUGUUCAGCCUCGGCAAUGUUCCCAGUUCUACAAAUAUACUCGAUGAACGCUACGCGGAACUCUCUUAGUCUGGCCGCAUAUAUAAUAGGAUUAAAAAACGCGUUCAAUAACGUCAUCAAGGUUGCCAAAAAGAAAGAUAUGCAAAGCACCUCAAAAGACAUUUCACUUCGAUCACUCAUUAAGACAGCUCUAUGGAUUAGCAAAGGUGUGUAACACAACAUCAGCACUACAAUGAUGAUAAAUGUCACUUUGAAAGCCUUUUUAUCCUUUUGAAAUUGUUUCCUUGCUUCCUCGGUCACCUGCUGAGAUGCAAUUUGCUUUUCGUGUCGGCGGAUCUCCCGGUAAACCGUAACAUGGCAGAAGAUGAUAAAGGCGAGACAUAGACCAAAGAAUAUAUUCCUAAUGGGCAAAAAGACAGAUUUAAAAGUGACAAGAAUAAUGUGCAAAGUUAUAGACAGUAGCCAUGCCAAGAUAGAGGCAGCAAGUAAACGAGCUUCAGUUACGAGGGUAAAGUGCGCAAACGAGUGUCUGAUGGCGAGGUAUCGCUCCCCGCUAAUCAAAGCCGUGUGGAGUAUGGAGGAGGAGACACUGACGCCUGAUAGGGCAUUUGUAAGAGCUUGCAACGUGCACGUUGCACUGGAAAUGUCACCAAGUAAGACUGUUAUAAUCAGCACGAUGAAAAAGGGCUGUACAAGGAUCCCCACAACGAAGUCUGUUGAAGGUAGUAAGGAGAGUCCAAUAUUCGACUUGUGACUUCUCAGCCGUGACUUCAUUUUGACGGCGAUCAUAACAAACGCGUUCAAGGCAGCGGUGACAGGAAAUGUAAGAAUGUGGACGACAAUGGUAAUAAUAAGGAAAGUUUGAGUUAAUGUCGAAGGCUGAUGGAGUCUUCCCCCCAUAAUAACGUAGAACUCACAUCCAGAGGGAAAGAACUCUUUGCUUGAAAGGUUCGCAUUCAUCUUUGUAAAUCCUUUUCUGGGUUCUCUGCAGUUCUGGAUACCCUUUCCUCAGUGAAAUUGUCCCAGUUUGAAACAAUCAUUAUCUGUUUAAUAGUAAUUAACAAUAAUGUCUAUCACUUCUUACUGCGCAAAGUAACAUUCAAUAUACGAUCAAAUGCGUGUAUCUGUCACAACAAGACCUUCAGAUAAGGGGGAGUGGCGGUGGGGGUGCGGUCAUUCAGACUCUGAGAAAAGGUGUGGGGGGGGACCCAGCCUAAAAAAAUUGUUUUCGGCCCAAAAAUAAAGGAGGGGGGGCUGGCCCCUGGCCUAGAUCCGCCACUGGUUAAGUUCAAUUUGAGUUAUUUGUUUCAGGCAUUUGCUCGACCCCACUAGUAUUAGUGCUAUAACUACUGCCGGUAAAUAACAAAGAGGAAAGAAUUCCGUUAAGGCCAGUAAACAUAGUUAGUAGAGGAGACUGGUUAUGAGAGCCGGCAAACAUCAAAGAUAAAAACAACGAUGCUGCAGUUUUAUGUUGGGUGCUUCCUUACGGUACACAGUCCUUUGAUUUAUGUUUGUAAAUUGUGACUUAAUAAAUUAAUGCGACUUUUUUAUUGGUCAAUAAGAUAGAAAUGAGAGGAAUGCUGUUGAACGUUGUGCAUCGUCAAGUCCAAAAAGCUAACAAAAACUUAUUAAAGAAUUCUAAUGGCCUCCAUAACCAUUCCACUUUAUUAUCUAUGCAUUUAAUGAAAACUGAUAAGUUGUCACUAAUAAACAGAAAAACUAGCAGAAAACAGAAAAACUAACAAGUUAAAAUUAAUAGUAUCACUGACAGGGUAUUUGUUACUUGGUAAUAGUAUCACUGAUGGGUAUUCGUUUCUCAUGAAUGUACAGAAAUAACUAUGAACACUUGCAUAAAUGAUUUGGUACUUUUACAAGGAUUUAGUGCUAAUGCAGUCCCGCAUAUUUAGUUAUCACAAGCCAUGACCACUUUCAUAAUUCAAAUGAACAGCAUCGUUAAUGACACAAUCUACUCCAGUUAUGUCCCGCCCUCCCAUCCCUGACGUUUUAUGUCACUGUUACUGUUACCCAACCAAUCACUCACCCACCCACCCACUCUUAGUCAUCUCAGUCACCCAACUACCCUACAUUCAUCUACCUAGUCACAGACACAACCACUCCGUCCCCCCCCCCUUCGCCCCACAAACCCACUUACUCACACAUUCUGGUGAGACUCGCCAUCACCCACUGAUUAACUUCAAGUUAAUCAGUUAAUCAGUUACACUCACCCACCUACCUACUUCUGCUUUACCAAAUACGUUGUUGUUGGUAUUUACCUGGGCUAAAUGGACAAUUUUAAAAUCUAUGAUUAUGAUAAGUUCAUGCGUGGUUUGCCUUAUCGUAAUCGGUCAGAGGGAGUUUGUUUUACGACUCUUACUGUAAAGCAUUUGUUGCAGAUCGUAUUUCCAAAUGGUUCUAUCGAUCCAUGGCAUGCACUUGGAAUAGUGAAGAAUGUGUCUUCCACAGAACAAGCCAUCUUCAUUGAAGGUAAUUUUCGAGAUAUACAAUAUAUAACAAAAAACCUUUUUAAUUAGCAGAGAAUAUGACAGGAAGUCAGGGUGGAAAUUCUAUAGUUAUGAAGCAAGUAAAUUCUUAAGUGAAGAAGACUUAAAUUCUCUCGAGUGAUGUUUAGUGUUCUAGUCAUGUCAACGUAUUCCAUUUUAGUCCUGUUUGAGGAAUUUGGGUCUCUUCAAAUCUUCGAAAUACACGCCUUAUCAUCUUUAGUGUCUCUAAUUUUACUAAUUCAUAUUUCAAAUGGCAAAUAUCUGGGUCAAGCAGCACUUAGGCGUUAUUUUCCGCUAUAAGUUGUCGAUUCCGAGCAAGUCAUUGUUCACUCCAAAAAGGAAAGAGUUUGAGCUUCUCAACAAUUUGCAUACUCAGCACAGAUGGAAGUACUAUACAACAGUGCUAACGUUUCCUCUACAAGAUAAAUUUGUUGGCAGGGCUUAGAAGACUUUUCCCCAUUUGUUCGAAAACUAAGCUGUUACGAUUCUUAAAUCGCAGAAAGAACCUUUUUUUUUUUCAAUGUAUCUACCGUUACUCUGAAUUCUAUUGUGCCCUUCUUACACUACUUCCAGUCCUUUUAUCACCCUUUUACCUACCUAACUACCUAUCGACUCCCUCCUUUUCUACCAGCCUAGCGAUUUACCUACCCACCUACGUACCUAUUUAUAAGUCCUAAAGAACAAUUUAGCUGUUAAUUAACUUCCUUAGGAAUCCCACGUGUACCUAGCCCUUAUUUGCAUGUUUUGUUUAAAUCGCCUUCUAGCAUUUUCAGUUCAGUUUCAUUUCAACAUUGUUUCUUCAAGAGCACUUAGUGGUAGUUUUUCUGUCGGACUAGCUCUUUUGCGGUCAGACGUUUGGCGUUGUCCUUUCGUUUGCUGUAUUUCUUUUGCGCUCGAAGUAUUUCUGAAGUUUUAUUUUCACCUUGUAUUUCAGUUUAAACCACACCAAAUACAACACAUUACGGUACAUUACAUCUAAUGUCAGUCGAGUCUAUUGCGUCUAUGACUUACCAUCUCCCCUAUCACUGUAACCUUGAGUACUCAAAUCGUAUUACAGUUGUGCGUCUAUUUUUAGUGCUGAGCAGCAAAAGAACUCGCCUUAUGGCAGUUACACUAGUGACUUACACUCUGUGACUGUUUAUUAACGAAAUUCAUUUCAGCAAUACAUUAAUCAUAUAAAUUAAACAUCCCGUGCGAAACAAAAUAAUUACAAACUUGUGUUUAUUUAGGUACCGCUCAUUGUGCAAAUAUGUACCCGGCGAGACCAUCAGACCCACCACAGUUAGUAGAGGCACGGCAACGAAUUCAGGAACACAUCAAAAUGUGGCUAACCGGAGACUCCUCCAUCGCCAGCUGA